AUGUCUAUUUCACUCAAAUUUCAUGAAAACUUUAUAAGAGAGAAUAAUGAGAAACAGCAAAAUAUAGAUUUAAUUACUUUCAAACGUUGGCUUGCACUGCAAUCGUGCAUCGAUUAUAAGAAUGGUACUGGCCAUAUAGAAAAAAAACAUCAUCCGACAAAAGUGGAUAUUAUGUUCAAUAAAAUAAUAAAGUUGUUGAUUGCCAAUAUUACAGAUAAGGGCAAUGCUUUUUUGAUUACUCAAGACGUUGAGAAAUAUGCAUGGGAAGAUACGAGUGCAAAAAUUACAUUCAAUUCUGAAAUUCAAUCUACAGACAAUGAGGUUGAAAAUGAAAUUAUGUUAAAUCUUGUAUAUUAUACAAAAGUUUGGAGCGAAGGAAAAAAAUGCAGUAUAUGUCAAAUAAAAGUCAAAGAGAAGAUUACAUGCAUGAGUUGCGGAACUAAUUUUUAUGUGGUAGUUACGAAUAAUUUCAAGGUAGCUUGUGGGAAAGAUUAUACACUUGCUCUAAGUGAUAAAGGGAAAAUCUAUGGCUGGGGUUCAAACGCUAAUGGACGAUUGAAUCUGUAUUACAAUGAUGACGUUUUGUCUCCUAUCAUGAUAAAUAUAGCUAAUGUAAAAAAAGUAUCGGACAUCGCUGUCAUUGAUUACAAUAAUUUUGUCAAGUCUAGCAAGGAUGGACUUAUGUACGCGUGGGGUUUUAUUUUUGACAUAUCAUUUAAAAAACCUGCUAUUUGUGAAUAUACGAACGUGUUUGACAUAUCCAACUCGAUGAUAGCUCAUUCACCAAUGUCCGUGCCCUGUGAAUUCACAAAUGAAGAAUUUCACAUAUUAAAUGAUUUGGAAACUGCAUUUAACGAUCAGUCAACAAGUGAUCUGACGAUAAUAGUCGAGAAACAAUCAAUUUAUGUUCACAAAGCUAUCCUAAAGAUUCGUUCUACAUAUUUUAGAAGUAUGCUCCAAACUAAUUAUGUUGAAAAUAGACAAAGAGUCAUCAUGAAUAAUUAUUAUAGAUAUGUCGUUUAUAAAAAAUUUUUAGAAUAUUUAUAUACCGGUAGGAUCAACCUAUCAUCUUUUGAAAACCUAUUGGAUCUUUUGCGAUUGGCAGAUACAUUAUGCGAGAAAAAUCUCCAGAUGGAUUGUAUACGAAAAGUAAAGAAAAUAAUUAAUAUAUCGAACGUCAUGUACCUUUUUAAUCUUAUCAACGGUAUGAACGAAGGACAUCACAAGGAGGAAUUGAUGAAAUAUUGCUUUAACUUCUAUUUUAAAAACAUGACGACUGUAAUCCGGACAGAAGGUUUUGAAGAAUUGGAUGUCGAAACAAAGGCUAUGUUAAUAGAUAAAGGGAACAACUUUUUGUCAUCAGAAAUUAGUAAUUCUGGUUAUUUAGGAUAA